AUGCACUCCGUCCGCCAGGCAUGCCGGCCGAAACACCAGGUGCUCGUCCUCAAGUGCUAUCCGCGCUUCCAAAAGGGCGUCCAGGUCGUCCGCCCAAACUCCUCUGAGCUCAGCUACCUGCUGCACUACGCCAGCACCCGCCGCAGCAAGCUGCUCAAGGUCGGCGCCUUUCUCGAGAAGCGCGCCGCCAGAGACGUCUGGAGGCAGAAGCUGGGAAAUGUCCAGGUGACGAUGCAGCUGCUGGCGGCGCUGAUAGAGAAGCUGCCGCGAGACCUGCCUCUCUACGCCAGCUCCGUCCUCGCCAUCCUCGACACCGUCCUGCAGCACUCCAACGACAUCGCCAUGGUCGAGGAGACCAUCCCGACCUUCCAGGUCUUCUGCUCGCACCAGGACGCCACCGCCCUCUCCGCUGACAUCGACUACAUCAACCAGUACCGCGACGUCGUGCGCAAGUACGCCAGCUUCACCUCCAGGAAUACUACCACCACAAAUACUACUACUACCAGUACUUCUACAGCAACUGACCUGCGAUGGCGCAAUGUUGGACUGCAAGCUAUCAGGGCCGUCGUCGGCUCAGAGGCCCUCGGCGCAGACUGGUCAAGGCAGCUCAACAUCGUCCUGCCCGUCAUCCUGCACACCCUCUACCAUUCCGGUGACCCGGGCCUGCUCCGGCUCCAGCAGCGAGCCGUCUGCUCUGAGAACUUGGAAAAAGAACACGCCCGGCGCCGGCGGAUGAGCAUUGCGACUGUCCAGACCGUCGACACCGUCGAGGCCGGCGAUCCGGAGUCUGCGUCGGGAACGGCCGCAGACGCUGACAAGGCCGCCGAAGUAGAGGCCCAGGUCCUCGCCUUCCGCUGUCUCGAAAAGGUCUUUACUCCCGGAAGCAAUAGGCUGCAGAUACGCCUGGCCACCGCCCUCGUCCUCGAGUUUAUCGUCUCUCGCAACCCGCCCAGGCCCAAGAACGAUACCAGCUGGGCCACAGACUUGCUCGAAGUAAUCGUCAAUUGGGCCCCCGUCCAGGACCGCUUCGUCGUGCUCGUCACCUUGGUCGAGGCCCUCGCAGAACGGCCCCUGGUCGACGGCCAGCUCGAACCACAGCUUGGCCUCGUCUACAUGAUCGAAUGGCUGCUCAGCUCCUCCAUAAACCUCAUCGGGCUCAGCGUCAUGGACGUCCUCAUUGCCCUGCUGCGCUUCAUCGUCCUGCUCCUCCAUCUCGGCGAGGGCAGGGUCAAGGUCGUCCCCCCGCCCAGCAAGACCGCCUUUGCUCACCCCCUUGCCCUCGCUCAUACGGAUGAUACCGCUCUCCCUACUACUGCUACUGCUGCUACUUCCAACGCUGAAGAAGGAGAAACAGCUACAAACUCCCGGCCUUCCUCGGGGUCAAUGCGCCAGGAACUGCUCGUGCUGCUGCAGUCGUCCGUAGCAAACCUCGCUAACCAUGUCUACUACACCGAUCAGGUGUCAGACAUGGUCAAGACGAUCGUCUCUCGCAUCAGACCUGCCUCGGCACCGGCAUCCUCAACCAACAACUCAGACCACGACGAGUCUGAAAGGGCCGCUGCAGACGAGUCGUCGUCCGUCGUAUCAGAUACCUACUUCUCCACUCCCAACGCUCGCAUCAUCGCCCUCAAGGCUGUCAAGGACACACUUGACGUGGCCAACCGUGCAAGGGCUGGAAGCUCCUCCUCACGAGCUGGAGGAGGAGGAACACAUGCCAGGCAUCCUGUUCCCGUCCACGCCUGGGAGGGCACUCAAUGGCUCCUCCGCGAUGCCGACAGAGACGUCAAAUAUGCCUACGUCGACGCUCUGCUCUGCUGGUUGAAGCUGGAGACCAACGACUCCGACCUCCGUGCCCCCGCCGAGCCACUCAAGGUUGGCAAGCGGAAAGACAGAGGAGCAGACCUGUCUGACGGCGCAGAGAAGCUGGUCAGAAAGGCCCUGCCCGCUUCAGGGCCCGACGACAAUAAUAAAGUUGCUGCAGCCGAAGUCUCACGGUUCCUGCAGCAUCUGCACUUCAACAUCUACGAGAUUGCUACCGAUCCCGCCGUGUCAGAGGCUGAUAUCCUACUCUCCCACCUCCUCUUGGUCAGCCUGGUAGACCGUCUGGGCGUCAAUGCAAUCAGGUACGGACUGCCAGUCAUCAUGAAGCUCCAGUCUUACUGUCUCGACCCGUCUACCCCUGCCUCCCCGCUGAAGGCUGGAAGUCUUGUCCACGGCUACCUCUCAGCCAUCGUCGAACGUUUCACCCUCGAAGGCACAAAGCUAGGCAGAGACAUCCUCAACGAGGUCGUCAGGCGCAAGAAAAACGGCCUCUGGCUCACCAAGGUCCAGCUGCCUCCUCUCCCUGCAGCCCGCAUCCUGGCCGAGCAGCCGCUCAACCCAAGUGAUACCAACACAGGUCCCGUCGUGCAGUCAAACAAAUCCGCUUAUACCCCUUUUACCUCCAUCGUCGAACUGGUCUCCCAGAUUGAAACCGCUUACAACCAGUCCUGUCUCUCCCCGGCUUCCAGCCCAGCAAGUUCUCCCGGUGCAGCCGUUCAGGGGCUCGCAGCCACUCUAUCCUUCCAGCCGCCAGCUCGUCACCUAGCCGCUACAACCUUGCUACCGUCGUAUAUCAAGGAGCAAAUGCUCUCUUCCUGGUCAAGAGAAGCUUGUCUAGCCUCCAUUGAACAGGAACGCACCCGAUCAUCUUCCAUUACUGGUUCAAAGAGCGGCUCCGUGCCCGCCCGCAACCAUCUAAACGUCACCGCAACCGCCGGCAAGAACGGAACCGCCAGCUCCCCCACAGGCACAGACUCGUCUCAUGGUCAUGGACAGAAAUGGCACCGUCCCGUCUCUGCUUCCGCUGCUGCUGCUGGUACCACAGCCACCGCCCCUGGCACCCGCGCCGAAAGCCGCAAGGACCGCCGCCAGAGUCUCACUGAGAUACCUCACCCUCGGUCCUCUACAACAGCCUCAUCGAGCAAGGACUCUACAGUCCGCGUCAACGAGCUCCGCCGUGUUCUCUCGGUCAUGAACACUUCCAACGUCCGCCAUCCAAGCCCCCUACGCGGCCACCCACGUCUAUGCAGCGACGACGCCUCUAGUGCCGAGAGCAUGGUCACAGAUACCUUCUCCACCUCCGACGCAGGCUUCAGCAGCACCGGUCCAACCGGCAACGCAGACGCAGUCCUCGAAAAAGUCCAACAAACCCACGCUCCCCAACUCGACAAAGACAAAGACAACAAAUCCACACCCCCCGUCCCACCACUGCCUCAGCACCGUCAAUCCCGAAAACAGCCCUCAAGAUCCUCUUCAGCAUGCCAAUCCCGCUCCAACUCUCGUUCCCGCCCUCGCUCCAAAACCAGAACACCAUCUACUUCUCGCCGCGCCGCUUCACCACAGACAUCUACUACCCGCUCUCGCAAACAUAGUCGGAGCGCUGCAGAAAACCCCGUCGACGCAUGGGAUCCAAGUCUAACCCAAAACCCCAUCCUGCUUCGAUCCGUUAGCCAGAGCCGAAGAGCGGAAGUCGACAAGUUACUCGGUGGCAUAGCCACUCCCACUCCUACCACCCCGGACGCAGACACUGUUGUCCCCAUGCCCCCGCAUGACGGAGUAAAAGGUCUGCUUGCCCCCAGCAGAUCGAUUUCAGGCAGAAGGGGGAUCGGUCCGCCUCCUUACUAG